AUGUGGCCUGCAUACCCGAGGUACCAAAAGAGUAUUGAGCUCCUGAUCUUGAAGCUUCCAUUCAAGAGGCUUGUUCAUGAAAUUACUCAAGACUUCAAGGAUAUCAUGGAAGAGCCUUGUGUUGCUGUUGAUGGGUACACUUACGAUCGCAAAGCUAUACAGACAUGGCUUGAGGAGAAUGAUAAAUCCCCAAUGACAAAUUUGCCAUUGCCAACUAGGAAUCUAAUUCCAAAUUAUACACUUCUUUCUGAUAUCAUGGAAGAGCCUUGUGUUGCUACUGAUGGGUACACUUACGAUCGUAAAGCUAUACAGACAUGGCUUGAGGAGAAUGAUAAAUCCCCAAUGACAAAUUUGCCAUUGCCAACUAGGAAUCUAAUUCCAAAUUAUACACUUCUUUCUGCUAUUAGUGAGUGGAAAUCUGGAAAACAAUGA